GGGUAUAUAAAAGGAGUGUAAAGAGGCAUCAUUUCUACUACAUCAUAGGCAACCUCCCUUCCUGAGCUUCAUGUGCUUAAUCAUGCACUAAUCUCCCUUGUUAAGCAAGCUUAGUGCAGUUAAUCACGUACGAAAAAAGGUUUCUAUCAUGGCUGCACCUAACUUAGAUAAUUUUCUAGUGUUGUUUGUGUGUGUUAGCUGGUGGUUUUUUGGAUGUGAAGCAUGUUUGGAAAAAGAAAGGGUAGCUCUCCUUCAAAUCAAAGAUUCUAUAAACCAUCCAAACGGCUCCGCUCUUUCAGGUUGGGCCGGAGACGAUUGUUGCCGAUGGGAAUCGAUUGAAUGCAAUCCCUCCACAUCAAAUGUCGUCCAAAUCAAUAUUUUUGAUACAAGGGAUGAGGGAUUGGGUACUUGGUAUCCCAACGUUUCAUUGUUUAUGCAAUUCGAGGAAUUGAAACAAGUCCGUUUGUGUGGGAACCAGAUCGGCGGACGGAAUUUACUUCAAGCAUUCUGUGAAUUGAAGCAGUUGGAGCAUUUGGAUCUCUCCACCAACUCCAUCGAAGGCAGUAUUCCUCCCUGCUUGGGUAACAUGAAUUCCCUAAGAAGUCUCCUUCUGUCUCAAAACCAAUUCCGAGGGAGAAUUCCUUCCAUUUUCAGGAACCUGACCGCAAUCGAGGAGAUUGAUAUCUCAUAUAACAAUUUUGUUGGGGUGCUUCCAUUUUCCUUGUUUGCCAACCUCUCCAAUCUCAGCUUCCUCAGCAUUUCCAACAAUAACCAAUUAACGGUUGAUACCGAGUUCCCAAUGUGGGUCCCAUCUUUCCAACUCCAUAGCCUGUACUUGUCAAAUUGCAACCUCAACAAAGGUAGCGGCGGCGGAAUCCCAACCUUUCUCUCUACCCAACACUCCUUAAUAACCUUGGAUUUAUCCCACAACUCACUUGUUGGGAUGCUUCCAUCCUGGCUAUUCUACAAUGCUACUUCAUACCUGCGUCUAAGGGACAACAAGUUAAGUGGUCCAUUUCCAUGGCCAAACCAGAACACAACUUCAAACCUCAUAGAACUCGAUAUGUCAGUCAAUCAUGUCUAUGGACCACUUCCUGAUAACAUCGGCACCCUUUUUCCUAGAAUACGCCGUUUCAAUGUUUCUACCAAUGCUUUGCAUGGCACCAUCCCCUCAUCCUUUGCCGACAGAACUGAUUUGGAAUUACUGAACAUGUCCGACAAUAAGUUAUCAGGAGAAAUACCACAUGGCUUGAUGAAAAAUGGCACUUCAUUGAUAUACUUGAAUCUGUCAAACAACACCUUAAAAGGGGAGAUGAUCCAAAGAGAUUCCAAUAUGAUGAAUUUGAGAUUCUUGCGACUUCAUAGUAAUAACUUCACAGGAACAGUCUCAUCGAGCCUAUCCAACAGUCCCAAAUUACUACUAUUGGACAUUAGAAAUAACCGCUUGUCAGGUGAUAUUUCAAACUGGUUGCCUAUUCUUCCGAGCUUGGGCGCACUCCUCUUAAGCCAAAAUCAUUUCCAAGGCCAGGUACCAAGGCAAUUGUGUCAAAUGCAAAAUCUCCAGUUCUUGGAUCUCUCUGAUAACAGACUAUCAGGAGACAUUCCCACUUGCUUCAAGAAUAUCACAUUUUGGACGAAUGAACCAAAAACUUCAAACUAUGACAGAGGUACGGGUUUUCAACAAUCCGACAGGCUUACGGUCGAUUUCACCACAAAAGGUAGAUUGUACACUUACGAAGGUGUGCCCCGCUCAUUGAUGAUUGGAAUCGAUUUGUCAUCAAACCAAUUAAUGGGUAGCAUUCCACCUGAAAUAGGAGACUUGAGAGUAAUACGAUCACUCAACUUGUCUAAUAACCUUCUAACGAACCCAAUUCCGAUAACGUUUCGAAACUUGGACAAUUUGGAGAGUUUAGAUCUUUCACAUAACAAGCUGAGUGGGGGAAUUCCUCCCGAGAUCAUUCGAUUAAACUUUCUUUCUACUUUCAGUGUCGCAUUCAAUAAUUUAUCAGGAGAAAUCCCAUCAGGUCUUCAAUUUCACACAUUUGAUGAAAGUAGCUAUGUGGGCAAUCCAGGUCUAUGUGGGAAACCACUUGAAAGAAAUUGCUCAUCAAACAUUCCAACAGGGAAAGAAGAAGAAGAAGAAGAAGAAGAAGAAGAAUCUAGAUUUGUCGAUGGUCAUUUCUUUUUCUAUUUGUUUGUGGCUUGUUCAUAUGCUGUUGGAUUUUGGGGUUUUAUCGCCUUUCUUCUAUGUAAUGAGUCUUGGAGGCAAACAUUUUUCAGGACCAUCAGUCGCUAUAUUGUGUACUGCUCUGAAUAGAUUUUGAGUCUUGACUCUGAAAAGUAGUUAUCAUUGAUUAAAUAAACAUGAAUAUAUAUAGUUGCUUGUUA